CACGCCGCUUCAGGAACAUGUGCAGUGAGUUGCAUCAGAUUAGUUUCGGUGCGGCAGCGCGUUGAGCUUUAGCGGUGAGUGAGGUAGCAUGAGCUUUGAGUCUUUAACUGACGUCUCAUACUUGGAAAACUAAGGUAGAGAUGGACACGCUAUACGUCUCCCCUCACCCUGAUGACUUCCGGAGCCUCCUGGUCCUGAUUGCUGCUGAGUACUGCCCCUCACGCCCACGCAUCCUCACCAGUGAGCCACCAGAAGGCCACAGUGGGUCCCGACCUGCUCUCCUCUUAGGCAGCAAUGGCACGCUCCUGACUGGGGCCAGUGCGGUCAGCUGGUAUUUAUCCUCCUUGGCGGGGGAGAGCGACGCAAAGACGGUUAGCCAGCUUUGGCAGUGGUUGAGCUUUGCUGAGAACGAGCUGGCUCCCGUGUCAUGUGCCGUUGUCUUUCCGCUCCUGGGGGUGACUGGAGUGGGCAAGCAGGUCCAUCAGAGCUCACGAUUAGAACUUAAACGAAUUCUGGGAAUACUGGAUCAGACCCUGCAACCCAGAACAUUCCUGGUCGGGGAGACGAUCUCUUUGGCCGACGUCGCACUGUCCAUGGCUGUUCUGCUGCCCUUUAAAUACGCAUUGGAGCCCUCAGACAGACAGUCCCUAAUUAAUCUGACCAGGUGGUUUGUCACCUGCAUUAACCAGCCCCAGUUUGCAAAAGUCCUUGGUAAAAUCAGAUUCUGUGAGAAAAUGGUACCUGUGUUGUCCAAAACCAGCCUUGCCAGCAGUGGCCCUCCCCAUGCCCCGCUGGCCAAUGGCACGACUGCCAGCGACAUGCUGGCCAAUGACACGGCUGCCAGCGGUAAACCCAAGACAGAAGCCCAACUCAAGAAAGAGGCAAAAAAGAAGGAGAAAAUGGAGAAGUUCCAGCAGAAGAAGGAACUGGAGGAAAAGAAGAAACAGCAGCCUCAGACAGAGAAAAAGGCCAAGCCUGAGAAAAAGGAGCUGGGAGUGAUCACUUACAACAUCCCUACCCCUGCUGGCGAGAAAAAAGAUGUUGCGAGCCCCCUGCCAGAUUCGUACAGCCCCCAGUAUGUGGAGGCUGCCUGGUACCCUUGGUGGGAGAAGCAGGGAUUCUUCAAGCCUGAAUAUGGGCGCAAGAGUAUCAGCGAACCCAACCCCCGAGGGAUGUUUAUGAUGUGUAUCCCUCCACCAAACGUGACUGGAUCUCUCCACUUGGGUCAUGCCCUUACUAACGCCAUCCAGGACUGCCUGACACGAUGGCACAGGAUGAUGGGGGAAAUUACCUUGUGGAACCCGGGCUGCGACCAUGCCGGCAUCGCUACGCAGGUGGUCGUGGAGAAGAAGCUGAUGAGAGAGCACAGCCUGAGCCGACACGACCUAGGGAGGGAGAACUUCAUCCAGGAGGUGUGGAAGUGGAAGAACGAGAAGGGAGAUCGGAUCUAUCAUCAGCUUAAGAAGCUGGGCUCCUCUCUGGACUGGGAUAGAGCGUGUUUUACCAUGGAUCCGAAACUAUCCUAUGCAGUCCAGGAGGCCUUCAUCCGGCUACACGAUGAUGGCGUCAUCUACAGGAGCAAGAGGCUGGUGAACUGGUCCUGCACCCUGAACUCUGCCAUCUCCGACAUAGAGGUGGAUAAGAAGGAGCUGACUGGGAGGACGCUGCUGCCAGUUCCAGGAUACAAAGAGAAAGUGGAGUUUGGGGUCUUGGUGACCUUUGCUUACAAAAUUGAAGGAUCAGAUGAAGAAGUCAUUGUGGCCACUACCCGUAUUGAGACUAUGUUAGGAGAUACUGCUGUCGCUGUCCACCCCUCUGACACCAGAUACCAGCAUCUUAAAGGGAAGAUGGUCGUUCAUCCUUUCUGUGACCGGAAGAUGCCCAUUGUCUACGACGAAUUUGUAGACAUGAGCUUCGGAACAGGUGCUGUGAAGAUCACUCCAGCCCAUGACCACAAUGACUAUGACGUUGGAGUGAGGCACAAGCUGGACUUCAUUAACAUCUUCGAUGAGAAUGGCUAUCUCAUCAACGUGCCGGCUCCGUUCCUGGGAAUGAAGAGGUUUGAUGCCAGGAAGGCUGUGCUUCAGGCCCUGAAGGACAAGGGACAGUUCAAAGAAAUCAAGGACAACCCCAUGGUGGUGCCUGUUUGCAGCCGCUCCAAGGACAUCGUGGAGCCCCUUCUGAAGCCCCAGUGGUACGUCGACUGCUCAGACAUGGGCCGGCAGGCAGCGGAUGCGGUCCGGGAGGGCAGGCUCAAGAUCAUCCCGGACCAUCACCUCAAGACUUGGUUCAACUGGAUGGACAACAUCAGGGACUGGUGCAUCUCCCGGCAGCUUUGGUGGGGUCACAGGAUCCCCGCUUAUUUCAUCACAGUCAACGACCCUUCUGUCCAGCUUGGCGAGGACAUGGAUGGCCGCUACUGGGUCAGUGGCAGGACUGAGGAUGAGGCCAAGGCAAAGGCCGCCAAGCGCUUUGGGGUCCCGCCUGAGAGGAUCACCCUCCGGCAGGACGAGGACGUGCUAGAUACCUGGUUCUCCUCUGGAAUCUUCCCCUUCUCCAUUUUCGGCUGGCCCAACGAGUCGGAGGACUUGAACGUGUUCUAUCCCGGGACUCUACUGGAGACAGGCCAUGACAUCCUCUUCUUCUGGGUGGCCCGGAUGGUCAUGAUGGGGAUCAAGUUGAUGGGGAAACUGCCCUUCAAAGAGGUGUACCUGCAUGCCGUAGUGAGGGAUGCCCACGGGAGGAAGAUGAGCAAAUCCCUGGGCAAUGUCAUCGAUCCCCUGGACGUCAUCACCGGCAUUUCACUGGAGGGCCUCCAUGCACAGCUCCUGGACAGUAAUCUGGACCCAGUGGAGAUUGAGAAAGCCAAACAGGGGCAGAAGUCUGACUACCCCAGCGGCAUCCCAGAAUGUGGGACUGAUGCCCUCCGGUUUGCCCUGUGUGCCUACACCAGUCAAGGCAGGGAUAUCAACCUGGACGUGAACCGGAUCCUCGGCUACCGACAUUUCUGCAACAAGCUGUGGAAUGCUGUUAAGUUUGCUAUGAAGGCGCUCGGUGAAAAGUUUGUGCCGGCUGCAAAGACCCAGCUAUCGGGGCAGGAGAGCGUGUCGGAUCGCUGGAUCCUCUCCAGGCUGUGUGCGGCCGUCGGACUAUGUGGGACUGGGUUCCAGGCCUAUGACUUCCCUGGCAUCACCACGGCGAUCUACAACUUCUGGCUCUACGAGCUGUGUGACGUCUACCUGGAGAGCGUGAAGCCCGUGCUGAGCCAAGCUGACCGGGAUGACGCCUUGCAGACAGAGGCUGACGUCUGUAGACAGACGCUGUACACGUGCCUGGAGGUGGGGCUCCGCCUCCUGUCUCCCAUAAUGCCCUUCGUCACCGAGGAACUCUUCCAGCGUCUCCCCCGGCGACAGCAGGACAGCCCGCCCAGCAUCAGUGUCACGUCCUACCCAGAGACCUCAGAGUUCUGCUGGCACAGCGAGGAGGUGGACCAGCAGAUGGAGUUUGUGAUGACCGUGGUCAGAACCAUCCGCUCCCUGCGAGCCGACUACAACCUGACCAAGAUGCGGGCGGAGUGUUACCUUCAGUGUAUCGACUCUGACACUGUAGCGCUGGUGGAGCAGCACAAGUUGCAGAUCCAGACGUUGUCCUACUCACAGUCCGUGCACGCUGUGGUGGGGCCGGGGGCCGCAGUCCCGGAGGGGUGUGCCAUUGCCAUCGCCUCAGACCGCUGCACUGUCCACCUCCUGCUCAAGGGGCUGAUUGACACGGAGAAGGAGGUGGCCAAGCUCACCGUAAAGCAGGGAGAGCUGGAGAAGCAGAUGUGCAAGCUGAAGGAAAAAAUGGAGAAGAGCGACUACAAGGAAAAAGUGCCAGCUAAAGUGCAGGAGCAGGACAGUGAGAAGUUGCGUCAGAGCCAGACUGAACUCCUGAAGGUGAAGGAAGCCAUAGGGAACUUCAGGAGAAUGAUGUAACCACCAUCUGCUCUGGCCCAUUGAUUUCUUUGCUCUCCUGUGUUGAUUCACCUGUUUAUACCUUUCCUUGAAAAUGAUAUAAUUUUGCUUUGGAGACUCAUUGGAAAUCACCUGGUGUUGGUUUACUUAUCGAUGUCCAUAUUCUGAUUCAUUUUAAAUAAGUUUAGAAGCUCUUCUUCUUUGCCAUUAACAUGUAGUAUUUGUGACGGUCCUCCAGGGUGAGUUGUACAUUUGGGCAAAUAAAUUCUCAGAUGAAAUUAUGUGCAUAUGGAUUUCACACCGCAACGGUUAACCUAGCUCUCCUGUUUGCAGCCUUUCCAAGAAUGCAGGCUGCCCAUUCAUCACGUCGACAGCCCAGGCUAAAAUUUUAUUUAUAUCCACAAUAUUUUUGCCUAGUUUUUUUUUUUUUCGCUAAUUCACCUCGUUAUUUUUUACUUGGGUUCCCUUGCCAUUAGCAUUAGACAUUUUAUAGCAUUUAAAUAGGUGACAUCCUGAAUACACUGCAAAAAAUAAGCUGUUGCGUGUCAGACUUAACUGCAAAAAAUACCGUCACAAAGCUCGCAUCUUUUUAUCUUGUUUAUCCACAAUAUCUCAAAUAAAAGCUGUUGUCAGCUUCUGAGCUGUCGCUGCCUUCACCGAUA